AUGCCUUCACAACCCAGCAUGGACGAUCUCAUUGCUCCUCUAGACGCAUCCUCCCAUCUCGACGAGGUCAACAGACUACGCCUACAAGAUGGCUUAUACGAAGCUGCAGAGGCUCUGGAGACGCCCAACGACAUGCUAUACCGCCUCCUCAAUGCUGGCCGACAAAUGGCAAUGAUUAAGAUUGGAUACGAUCUAGAUAUCUUCUCAACCCUCACCAGCCGCGCAGAAUCAUACUCCACAAAAGAUCUGGCCGCACCCAAAGGCGCCGACCCCCUCCUCGUGUCUCGCUUGCUACGCUUCCUUGCAGCCAACCGCAUGAUCACAGAAACGAGCCAGGAUCUCUUUACUGGAAACAGGUACACCAAGAGCCUCUGCGAUCCUCGAAUUCGAGGCGGAUUGCUUCAUGGUUUCCACAUCAGCAAUCCAACUUAUCAAGCCCUUCCUGAAUAUUUGCAGGAAAAUGGCUAUCAGAACGUUACUGGAGGGCACUGUGCCUGGCACAAGGCUGCCAAUACGGAUUUGGAUUUCUUUCCGUGGGCGAAACAGAACCCGGAAAUUUUGAGUUAUUUUCAGCAACUCAUGAGUGUUAUGGUUCUUCCUCGGGAUGGCAGUUGGAUCGAUGUUAUCCCAGUCGGGGAUCGGGUGCAGUCUCUUGGAGGGGAUAAGGAGAGGAAGGUAUUUGUUGAUAUCGCGGGGAGUGUUGGUCACCAGUGUGUGCGUCUCCUUGCUAGGUACCCAGAUCUGGGUGGUCGAGUCGUCCUCCAGGAUCUUGAGGAGACGUUUAAACGUGCGCCGAAGAUUGAAGGGGUGGACUUUAUGGUGCAUGAUUUCUUUACUGAGCAGCCAGUUAAAGGUGCCAAAUUCUACUACUUCCGUAUGAUCAUUCAUGACUGGGAGGAUGAUAAGGCAGUGGAGAUCCUAAAGAAUAUUGUACCGGCCAUGGCGGAGGACUCUCGGAUUUUGAUUGAUGAUAUAGUUCUUCCUAAUACUGGUACACAUUGGUGGAGCACAUGUAUGGAUAUGCAGAUGUAUAUCAUGCACGGCGCGAUGGAGAGGACGGUUGAUCAGUGGUAUGGGCUUUUGGACAAAGCUGGUUUGAAGGUGCUGGAGAUCAAGACUUAUGGCCAUGUCAUGCGGAACUCGGUUAUUGUAGCUGUGCCGAAGUAG